AUGGCUGGCACCAACUACAAUCACGACGCUGAGAAGGAUGUGCCCCUCCACAUUGACGAUGUCGAAACAUCGGAAAAGGACCUUGCACAAAAGGGCACACCCGAGGGUGUUGAUUAUACCGGCGCAGUCGCGAAGACCGACCCAGCAGAGAUCGCCCUGGUGCGCAAGCUAGACAUGCGCGUGAUGCCAGCACUUUUCGCCAUGUACUUUCUAAACAAGCUCGACCAAAACGCAAUCGCCAACGCCCGCCUCGAUGGUCUAGAGAAAGACUUAGGUCUCCGUGGCAGCCAGUACAACACGUGCAUCUCCAUCCUCUACGUCGGCUACCUCUUCGCCCAGAUCCCCAGCAACAUGCUCAUGUCCUCGCGCAAAGUGCGGCCCUCGCUCUACAUGGGCAUUUGCUGCACAGUCUGGGGCUGCGUGGCUGCCCUCACCGCGCUGGUCAAGAACUACACUGGACUCGUGCUUGUGCGCUUUUGCCUUGGGUUCGUUGAAGCGCCGUUUUACCCAGGAGCGCUGUACAUCCUGAGUAUGUUUUAUACACGCAAGGAGAUUGCGACAAGAGUGGCUAUUCUUUAUGCCGGGAAUAUUUUUGCAGUGUCGUUUGCGGGGCUGAUUGCUGCGGCGGUGUUUGCGACGUUGAGUGAUAAGCAUGGGAUGCAUGGAUGGCAGUGGCUGUUCAUUAUCGAGGGAAUAGUUACGGUGGGCGUAUCGAUCGUUUGCAUCUUCUUGCUGCCUGAUGAGCCAUUGACGACGAAGUGGCUUACACCUGAACAACGCCAAUUGGCCCACGACCGUAUUCAGAGGGACACUGUUGGUCUUGAGCCGAGCAAGGGAUCAAGAGCGGGCUUUAUGCAAGCACUUCGCGAUCCUCGUCUCUACCUGCUUGUUUUCAUGCAGAACAUGCAUCUGAGCGCCACUUCGUUCAACCAGUUCUUCCCUACGGUCGUCAAAUCUCUAGGCUUCAACAGGACGAUCACUCUAGUUCUAACGGCUCCACCGUCACUAGUUGCGGGCGUUGUCGGUAUCUGCGUUGGAAUCUCAUCCGGAAAAUACAACGAUAGAACAUGGCAUAUCACCGUCAUGAUGGGUCUCGCCGUCAUUGGUUUCGCGAUCAGUGCUGCUACUCUUAACCUUGCCGCACGCUAUGUAUCGUGCUUCCUCUUCGCAUCUGGUGUCUACUCUGUCAAUUCCGUCAUUCUAGGCUGGGUCUCUGGUACACUCGGACAAACUACUGAAAAGAAAGCCGUCUCAUUGUCGAUUGUCAAUGUCGUUUCGAUGGCGAGUUUCAUCUACACACCUUAUUUGUACCCCGAGAGCGACGGCCCCAAGUACGUCAUUGCUAUGAGUAGUAAUGCGGCGUUUUCAGCGGCGUGUAUUGCGUCUGCUUGGGCAUUGAGGAUAUGGCUUCAAGUUACGAAUAAGCGGCUACGAAGGGAUGGGGUUAAUGUGUUUUAUGCUUAUUGA